AUGUCAACAACAUCCAUAUUUGCAACAACCACGACUGCAGUCACGGCUAGUAGCACAAGGAAUGCACUGUCGCGCGUCUGGCAACAAUGUUCAUGCCGUCCAUUCUCUGCGACAACCGCGGCACCAGCAGCCAGCAACACCCGCUGGAAGGCCCGCCAGGGCAAGGACCAGUAUGCGCGUGAGGCCAAGGUGCGCGGGCUGAAAAGCAGGGCCGCCUUCAAGUUGCUGGAAAUGGACUCGAGGUACCGUCUGUUCAAACCAGGCCAGACGGUUGUGGACUUGGGAUAUGCUCCAGGAAGCUGGUCGCAGGUCGCCGUGGAACGCACCAAACCCGCCGGCCGCGUGCUCGGCAUCGACCUGAUCCCGGCCCAGCCGCCACGCGGCGUGUCGACGAUCCAGGGCAACUUUCUGGCGCCGACCGUGCGGCAGAUGGUCAAAGACUUUCUGGCCCGGACGCCGAUGCAGCCGAACAUGCAAAAGACGCUGCAGUCGCCAGCAAGCACAGCGGCUGCAGCAGAUGCAGCAGAUGCAGAUGCCGAGACCGACGCUGACGCCGACACGGAGGCCGACUGUGCGAAUGAGAAUCGUGAGAGGCACGACAGCCCGCCUUCGACAUCGGCUGCCGUCCAAGAGGAGCCGACUGCGACCGAUGUCGUGGUGGACCGCCCCAGCUACAUUGAGAUGGAACGGCGGGCAUCGGCCUCCUCUUCCGCGUCUGCCUCGUCCGAUGGCGCAGCGUCUCCAAUUCCGGAAACACCGGCAACCACCCGUUCUGGCCGCAUGGUCGACGUGGUCCUGAGUGACAUGUCAGAGCCCUGGCCCCAAACAUAUGGCUUUUGGCUGAACACGCUGAGUAACCCGUACCACAGGAUGAUGAACACGAGCGGCAACGCCUUCCGCGACCACGCCGGCAGCAUGGACCUCUGCCAUGCCGCCCUCGAGUUUGCCAGCGACACCUUGCGCCCCGGAGGCCACUUUGUCUGCAAGUUCUACCAGGGCGGCGAAGACAAGGCUCUCGAGAACCGCCUCAAGAAGAUGUUUGCCAAAGUCGUCCGGGAGAAGCCCGAGUCCUCGAGAAGUGAAUCAAAAGAGUCUUUCUUCGUGGCCCUGAGGAGGAAAAAGGACGUCACAUGGGACGACAUUAAAGAUCCGUAG